AGCCUCAAUCGCUUCCAGCCAAUCCCAGCCUCAGCUUUCCAUCUCUCUCACGCUUUACGCCAUCUUGAAAUUAUAGCUUCAGUUUGUAAAGUGCCUGAAAUACAACAAAACUGCUCCUUUAUCGCCUUCGUGGGCGAUAUGAACAGUUCUCGAAACAAACCGUCACAGGCAGCCGGGAAGGGGCAGAAGGACGCAGACAAAGCGGUGGAGAGCAGCAACCGUGACAGAAAGACCGGCGGAGGAAUGCUGAGGAAGCUGAAGUCAAGGCGCAGCCACACGGAUAAGUGGCCUUCGGUCACAGAGGAUGAGCUCCGGGCUUUAGGACCAGAUAUCUCCCCGGACCAUGUCCUGGGUCUGCGGGUUGUCACGGAAGACUACCUAUGCAGACCUGAGGAUAAUAUCUACAGCGUCGACUUCACACGGUUCAAAAUCAGAGACCUCGAAACCGGAACGGUUCUUUUUGAGAUUGCCAAACCUCCAAAUAGUGGUCAUGUGGAGAAAGACGAAGAGAGCGGGGAUGCAGACUCCAGCGUGGGGCGUUUCGUCAGAUACCAGUUCACACCUGCCUUCCUAAAACUGCGCACUGUUGGGGCGACCGUUGAGUUUACAGUGGGCGACCGGCCCAUCAACAGCUUCCGUAUGAUCGAGAGGCAUUACUUCCAGGGACGGCUCCUCAAGAACUUCGACUUCGACUUCGGCUUCUGUAUACCCAACAGCCGCAACACAUGCGAACAUAUUUACGAGUUUCCACAGCUUCCCGAAGACCUGAUUCGCCAAAUGGUGGAGCACCCAUAUGAGACCAAAUCAGACAGUUUCUAUUUUGUGGACAACAAACUGAUCAUGCACAACAAGGCAGACUAUGCCUACAACGGUGGGCUUUAAAACCUGAAAGAAGAAAUGGGUCCAGGAUCUCUUAGUUGGAAAAUGUCCUAGAUUAUACCCUUCUAAAACUUCUUCCAAAACAGGGUGUAGAAGUGGUUUUUUGUUGUUGUUGUUGUUGUUGUUGAAAUUAUUAGAAACUGGACCAACUCUGCCUUACUACAAAAACACGGAUCCAUAUGGAAGUACCUCGGGGAAGCUCAGCUUCGUGGACUCACAAUAACUUUGCUCAUGAUUUCUGUAUAUCUGACUGAAGUGUUUGUUCUGUUGUGUGUUUUGGUUUGUCACGUUACUGCUUGAACCCUUCGACCUUAAGAGUUCACACUGUCUCUGCUGGAAGGGGACGCUUCUGGUCGCAGAUAGUUAGGAAUGUAAUUCACUUAAACACUCAUGUUUAUUUAAAUGACCCGUUUCUACUGACAAUUGGAUUUCCUCAGUGGGAAAGCAAGCUUAAUAUUUCUCAAGCGUUUUUUAUCCUACUGUUUGAUGAAGAGAUAGCAUGAAUUGUGUUGAGUUUUUGUUAUCGACUCGUGGCUUGAAAUGUUCUGACUAACUGUUUGUGUCUGAUUAAGGAUAAUUUCUUUCUGACUCAGAGUAGAUUAGGGUUGUUUUUUUGUUUUUUUUUUCUGGUAAACUUUCAUUCCAUUUGAGGAAAAACAUGAACUUCCCAUGAUUACGUCUCAUGUCACCAAGUUUCCUUUUGUUCUAUCAAAAACUGGCAGAAUCGAAGAAGGUGAGAUGGUGAUAGACUACAUUUCUGGUCACUCGCACAUAAUGCAUCAAUAACCGCUUAGUUUGCAUGUUUAAAUUCACUCUGAUGUGGUUCUACUUGUUUAGUUCCUUGAAAUCCAUCCUCCUGGUUCAUUGAACAAGGAGGAUGCAAACCUUUCCAUUAAAAACUCAAAGGGAACCGAAAAAGGACUGAUGAUGUACAGCUCAGUGCAGAAAUGCUUAGACAUCCCCUAAGUUUUUACUCAGCAGCCAUGUCAUUUCUCCUCGGUUUGUACCUUAAAAGAGAAACAUUUGUUUGUGCUUAUUGUGAAACUAUUAGUGGCCUUUUUAAAAUUUAGGGUGCCUGUAAAUCAUUAGGGGUGACAAACUAAACUCCCACCUGUAGAGCAGAAAAGUGCCUUAAAAUCUGGUGUUAGUGCUUUUUAAGAAAAAAAAAACUUGCAUAAGAAAGAUUUGAACAAUUCAGCAAGAAUAAUGGAGGUUACUUUCUUUUUAUUAUUUUCCACAAAAACCUUUUCUACUGCUGUCUUGUUUUCUAGUUCAUGUAGUCGUUCAUUUUUAGAAGUUAUUAAGGGAUUAUGAAGAAAGCCGUUAAUAGCUUCGUCCAUGCGAUGCCUUUAGCACCAUUUCAUUCUCACACUUUGUGUCUGGCCCUUGGUGUGUGAUGCGUUUAAUGUCUCUACACACAGAAGCAGCACUACUGUGGUUGCCGCGGAGAUCUGUCCUGCUUUUUUUUUUGUCCUCCAGUAUGGGAGUUGUCGUUUUGCUCAAAUGCAUCAAGAAGUGCAUGAGCACUCUCUGUUUUGAUUGUAUUUCUGUAAACUGUUGCAUAAUAUCCACUUUUUAUAUUCGAUUAGUAUUGUAAUAAAUAAAAGAAAGACUGACUGCAAGAUGCAUUCUCAUCGGCA